AUGUCGAGGCGGAUUGCGUCCCAGGUCCAUAAACAAGCAUCUCGUCUCCUUCGUGAAGGUUAUCUCAAGAAAGAGCCAGCAUGGUAUCAGGCUGUCCUCAGCUACCCUCCGCUCCCUCUCCCUCCAAAGGCACCUCCCGCUCGAUCGCAAUACGAUCUCCCUCCUACGCCAUCAUCCCCAGCCUCUUUCACGAAAUCUAUUUCGCAAAAGGCUCGAAAUCGUCCUGCACCUGUUCAUUACGCGGAGGAUACUAUUCGCAGACAGUUCUUUCGUGACCACCCAUUCGAGGCGUUCCGUGCCACCACCCUUGUAGAAGGUGCGGGUAUCCAAGAAGAACACCCAAUUCAAGGGAAGGAGUGGACACGGUUAAUUCAACGGGGCAGGAAUCCUAUGCCAGAAGACGCUGUCCGUUUCGCAGUCAAUCUGCACUUCAGCCACGGCCAGCCACUGACGAAAGCCUACUUAUCUGCUGUAUCUCAGUUCCGGUCUCUCCGGUCUGAGCAACAGUUUGCUUCCAAGUUCGCUCUUCUUGAGGCGCAACAUUACGGUAUCGAGUUCGGCCCGUCACAGGUCGAAAUAGCUUUCCGGAAGGAAGAGGAGGCUCUUGACUCUUGGGCCAAGAGUGACGAGAUCAAUGCUGGAGAGAAUGCGGCGCGGAAACGAUGGAAGGCGAUCGUUGAGAGGGAGGGUCCACCGGCACCUUGGACUCGUGGGCAAGAUUAUGUUCGGCUUUGGCAGAAGGGCAUUCGACCCACUUACGCACCGCUGCUCACCGAGAGGAAAAUCACGCCGGCUGGCUUGACUAGUGCCAUCCCCAAAACGCCGUAUACCAAAGCUGAGCUUGCUACGAAAACGGCAGAUUACCUGAGGGUCAUCCCUCGUAGCCCAUGA